UCCGCUGACUGUCCGCCGGGGUCACGGGGAGAGGCUGCGAUGUCCCAGGCGCAGGACUGCGAAUGUGAGAGCCAUCAUGCUGGCCUGCCGGAGCCUCGGGCCUCGGGGCCGAGCACCAGUUUUCUAAUUUUUAACUUUGUCUGGAAAUAACGGCACACUUACAGAAAAGUUGCAAGAACAGGAAUGUGUCCUCUGACCAGAUUCACCCUUUGUGACCGUUGUGUCCUCUUCCACCCUCCACCCUUGACACACAUCGUCCAGGGCGGGCCACAGAUGUCAUGGCCGUGUUGGCACACGUCGCCCAGGGAGGUGUCACCACGAGUAACUCUGACCCUUUAGAGAAGACCGAAAUGAGUGGAUGGAUACACCAUGGUUGGGCAUAAGACUAAGUCAGCACAAAGGCUUCUGUUCUCUCCUGGAAUAGAUCCUGUGAAGGUGCCAACAGAGUGUGUGAGAGUUGACAGGUUGGAAUGGGUGGAGAUCAUCGAGCCGCGCACGCGCGAGCGCAUGUACGCCAACCUGGUCACCGGUGAGUGCGUGUGGGACCCGCCCGCGGGCGUCCGCAUCAAGCGCACCAGCGAGAACCAGUGGUGGGAGCUCUUCGACCCCAACACGUCGCGAUUCUACUACUACAGCGCCACCACGCAGCGCACCGUGUGGCACCGGCCGCAGGGCUGCGACAUCAUCCCCCUGGCCAAGCUGCAGACACUGAAGCAGAACACGGAGUCCCCUCGCGCCUCCGCGGACAACAGCCCUGGGCGCGGCAGCAGCCUCAGCCGCGAUGGCAGCACCAGCUCCUCCCUGGACCCCGAGCCAGACCCUGGGGAGAAGGCACAGGAGCCGCUGGGGAGAAGCCGGCAGAUGGCCUUUGGGGCGGCAAAGGAGGAAAGUGGCAGUUCUUCCCCACCAGGAGUGUUUCCUGAGAAGGACUAUGAGGUUUACCGGGAUUACAGUGCAGACGGCCAGCUUCUCCACUACAGGACCUCCUCCCUCCGGUGGAACUCGGGCACCAAGGAGCGCAUGCUCAUCAAAGUUGCUGACCGGGAGCCCAGCUUCCUCUCCCCACAGGGCAACGGGUACCCCCUGGACAGCCAGCCUGGGGGCCGCUCCCGCAGACCCUCCGGUGGGCAGCACUCACCCAGCCUGCAGACCUUUGCCCCGGACGCAGACAGCUCAGUCUUCUUCCCGGAGCGGAGGCCCUCGCCCUUCCUGAAGAGGUCCGAGCUGGGGAGCUGCUCCCCACUGCUGGCCCAGCCCCGCAAGCCAGCCUGCGACUCACAGCCCUCCUCCCCGCGCUAUGCCUACGAGCCCCCCCUCUACGAGGAGCCCCCCAUCGAAUUCCAGGCCCCCAUCUACGAUGAGCCCCCCAUGGACGUGCAGUAUGAGGCCGGCGGUGCCUGCCAGGGUGGCUCCCCCCAGCGCUCUCCGGGCCGGAAGCCCGUGCCCUUCCCCCAGUCGCCCAAGCAUGCCUCUGCCUCCCCAUUCCAGCAGCUGGUGCUCACCAGGCAGAAGUGCCCAGAGCGCUUCCUGAGCCUGGAGUACAGCCCUGCAGGGAAGGAGUAUGUGCGGCAGCUGGUGUAUGUGGAGCAGGCCGGCUCAAGCCCCAGGCUGCGGGCAGGCCCGCGGCACAAGUACACGCCCAACCCUGGUGGGGGGUCCCUCUCGCUACAGCCCAGCCCCUGCCUGCUGCGGGACCAGCGCCUGGGGGUCACGUCCGGGGACUAUAGCAGCAUGGAGGGGCCUGAGCUGCGGCACGCCCCUCCACCCUCGCCGCUCCCCCAGGCCCAGGAUGAUGCCAUGUCCUGGUCCAGCCAGCAGGACACCAUGUCCUCCACAGGCUACUCCCCAGGCACACGCAAGAGAAAGAGCAGGAACCCCUCUCUGUGCCAUGCCCCCAGUGCCUCGUCCACCGAUAGCCCUGGGGACCUCGACCUGCUCCCACAGUCCCUGACUGAGGAGCGGCCCAAGUGUGGGCCCAGCCUGGCCCCAAAGCACAUGGAGGCCAAGACAGGCGAGGCAGACGGGGCACGGGGUGGGGCCGAACCCUUCCUGGCACAGGCGAGGCUGGCCUGGGAGGCACAGCAGGCCCACUUCCACAUGAAGCAGAGGGGAAGCUGGGACUCCCAGCAGGACGGCUCAGGCUACGAGAGUGAUGGGGCCGUGCCACUCCCCAUGCCCGGACCUGUGGUGCGCGCCUUCAGCGAGGAUGAGGCCUUGGCCCAGCAGGAGAGCAGCAGGCACUGGCAGAGGGGCGCCUUGGAGAGGCUCGCCUUCCCCCAGAUCCUGCUGGAGAAAAGCGUCUCUGUGCAGACCAACCUGGCCUCACCUGAACCCUACCUCCACCCCUCACAGUCGGAGGACCUAGGCUCCUGUGCCCAGUUUGAGAGCGGCCGGCAGCCCCGCAGUGUGAUGCCCAGUGCCAGCUGCGUGUUCCCCACAUUCACUCUGCGCAAGCCGUCCUCAGAGACCGACAUCGAGAACUGGGCCUCUAAACACUUCAACAAGCACACACAGGGCCUCUUUCGGCGGAAAGUGUCCAUCGCCAACAUGCUGGCCUGGAGCAGCGAGUCCAUCAAGAAGCCCAUGAUCGUGACCAGCGACCGCCACGUGAAGAAGGAGGCGUGCGAGAUCUUCAAGCUGAUCCAGAUGUACAUGGGUGACCGGCGCGCCAAGGCAGACCCGCUGCACGUGGCCCUGGAGAUUGCCACCAAGGGCUGGAGCGUGCAGGGCCUGCGGGACGAGCUGUACAUCCAGCUCUGCCGGCAGACCACGGAGAACUUCCGCCUGGAGAGCCUGGCCCGAGGCUGGGAGCUCAUGGCCAUCUGCCUGGCCUUUUUCCCACCCACACCCAAGUUCCACUCCUACUUAGAGGGCUACAUCUACCGGCACAUGGACCCCGUCAACGACACCAAAGGUAAGGCCCAGCGCUUGGCCCUCGGCACCCCAGGCUCUGCCGCCAGCCAGGGAAGGGCCGAGCUGAGAGCUUCCUGGCCUGCACUGGGCAGUGCCCAGAGGCAGCAGGUAUGUGGGGUGGGCACAGGCGCUCCAAGCAAAUACCUCGUUUGUGCACUUGCAUCCUCGGGGAGUCCCUCCUCGGCACUGAGGCCUGGAGAAUAACCACAGGGUCCCUGGCCACAGGCCGGCAGGUUGAGGGCCAGGACAAGAACUCCUGGUAUCCAUGGCUCAGCCAGCUGGUGUCCACUCUGCUCUGAGGCCACUGUGGCCAGUGGCCCUGCUGGACGAGGUCAGGAAGGCCACAGUCAGCCCAUGUGCACUUACUGCAGUCACUUUCAGCCGUCCUUUGGGCGGGGCGGUGACUACCCUGGCCAGGCUCAGGCUGUCUGUUCUGAGGAGCACUGGGUCCUGGAGGAGGGUUCCUGGAAGCAGGGAGGAGCAUGGUGACUGUAGCGUGUACUGGCCCAGCCCUGGGUCUGGCAAGACACCAGCAGACCAUUAGGGUGCUA